AUGGAUAAUGUUAUGGAUAGUGGUUUAAUUAAAAAAGAAGAGCCUAUGGAUGUUUCAAGUCAAAAUGGAGAGGAUCAUCCCAAUAAGCCUCAUGUUGUCUCAACAUCAUCAGGUAAUCAUAGACCAGAUUCGUCCAAUUCCGUCUCCUCACGUCCCUGUACUCCUGCAGACCUUGGAGCUGAAAAUCAACGUUUGCGAAUGGAAAGGGAUCGUUUUAAAGAAAAAUUGAGACAAUUAGCUAAAACAGAUUUACAUGAAAAAAGAAAAUAUUGGACAGAAGAACAAAAAAGAAAAUUGAAACAUUUGGAAGAAGUGUGUGAAAAGAAAAUUAGAGAAUUACAAAAUGCAAAGCAGGAGGAAGAUGGAUUAAUGCAGGAAAUGGAGUCUAUUGGGCAAGCUUUUGAAGAGCUUCAGGAACAGAAUAAAAAAUUGUUGGAACAAUUACGCGAAAAAGAAGAAGUUAAUCUAAAAUUAAUGUCUGAACGUAUUAAAAGUACUCAAGGACAGAAAAAAAUAAAAGAUGAAAAAGAUUUGUUAAGUAAAACAAUUCAAUCAAUGGAGAAUCAAUUAGCAGCAAAAAUGUUGCUUUGUCAAAAAUUGGAAGAAAAGGAAAGAAUUUUAAUUGAACAAAGGGGGACUUUGGAACACGAAAUUAGAAUUCGUGAACAACAUAAUGAGUCAUUGAAAAAGAAGGCUUGUGAAUUUUCACAAUUAUCUACGGACCUGAAACUUCGGUUGGAACGGUUGGAUGUUCAAUUUAAUGAGUUGAGAGAGAAUGUAAUAAAAAAAGCUUCGACACACGAAGCUGAUGCUAACAAAAUUAAACGUUUGGAAGAAGAAAAAAGUUCAAUGAAACGUAAGCUUGAUAGAGCAAAGAAAAUGGAAAAAUUGGAAAAUGUAGAUCAAGUUAUACAAGAAGAAAAUCGAAUAUUGAGGGAGUCAUUAACCUGUCCAAGUUGUAAAGUUAGACGUAAAAAUGCAAUACUUGAAAAAUGUCAUCAUGUAUUUUGUUUUGAAUGUAUUCGUCAACGUUAUGAUAAUCGUCGAAGAAAAUGUCCAAAGUGUAACGCGGCGUUUGGAGCAAAUGAUUAUCAUAGAAUUUAUUUGGAAUAG